GAGGCGGAAUUCGAUUCUGACCGCGUGCUGGCGGGUUGAGUGACACGGAACAAAAAUAACUGGCUCAGCAGGAGUCAAACUUGUGCGCCACAGCCGCAAUCUGGCUCCGGUUUGGCCCGAUUCAGUUCUGAUUGAGCCACAAACGGGUUAGCAUGGUAGAAGGAUGGUAGAAGAAAGUUUCAAAAUCGUUCCGGUUUGUAGUCAAUUGGUCGACGGGGGAAUGGAAGCGCCAAAGGUACUGAUGCAGGAGUGUGUUCAGUUUCUGAAAGUGAUCCAUCAAUACUUGUGCGGAGAAGAUCCCUACAAUGCGAGUGAAGUUGUCAAAUGUGAUGAUUCGAAAGGCCACCCACAGCCAUCGGAGUUGGGUAAUAGAAUUUAUUUGAAUCUGCUUCCCGAUGACUCCCGUGAAGUUACACGUGCCACACUGAAAGCCCAGUGUGCGGGAUUGUUGGGACGGAUCGAAAAGUCCGUUCGGCUGAUUACAGCUCCAAGCGCUGCUCCAAAGUGUCCGCCGGAUCAACAGCAAGAAGAAGAGGAAGAAGGUGCUUAUUUGGACAUGAGUGGCAGCAAUACGCCCAAGGCCAACAUUGGUUCAUCUUCGGCCAGCAUCGACGAUACGAUGGAAGAUGUUGAAGCGACACAGGAUUCUGUCGAUGGUCCAACUUUACAGGAGUCACAUGAAAACACGUACGAGCUCACUACCGAUCAGAUUCUUUACGACGAGUGCCAGCAAGACGUGACCUGUGGUGAGGUCUCUCCACCGCUCAAGACAGCCGAAAGUGUUACGGACGAACAUCAGUGUCCGUUUGGUGGCCUCCCAGCGUCGCAUUUGCGGCUGGUACCCAGCGUCGCAAAACAUGGUACCCUGUUCAAGCAAGAGAAGCGCUUGUUUUUCGAUCAAUUCAAAAAGUACUACGUAGGGCUGAUCGGAAAGUGGCUGCUAGUGUACAAUAGCCACAACGAUCUGAAACCCUGCCAGACGAUCUACAUCAAGAGUUUCAAGCUCGACCUGAGCUUGAACGAGCACAUCAAUGAGAAGCACUUGUUCCAGAUCUAUACCCAUACCGAUUCCAAGGUUCACUUUCUUUCGCCCAGCUUCCAGGAUCUGAAUGAGUGGAUCGUGGCGAUUGAGAACAAUCUGAUCGAGAGGACCGAUCGCAUCGAGGGAACGUCUAGUAAUGCAGUUCGAAAACUACCCCUACCACCGUAUCCGGAGCAGUGCGGUACCGAUGAAACGGAUCUGCACACUAUGAGUCAUUAUGAUGGAAUUUACGAGGAACCAUCGCUGUGUUUGAAGACGGAAGUUGAAUCACCCGCUAAAGAGAACGGCGGUUCAGCAAACACCCAUGGGUACGAUACUCCCAAACCGGGACCCCCGAAACCGGUAGAGCCUGAUGUGGUUCCCGAUGUCGGAAAAACAGAUCCACCAUCGAUGGGGAAGAAAAAUGACUCCCUUGUGACCAGCUCCGACUCCUGCUCGGUUAACGCUGCAAUCCCGCAACUGACCCCAUCGACCAAUACGCCAGUGAAAAGUUGGCUCAAGAACAGAUUCAACCGUUCCCCGGCAGAGCCCGUUGAUGUGAAACCAAGUAAAAAGGCGAUGAAAAAACUGUCGUUCGAAGAGCUGCCAUCAUCGGACGGGGCUAAGGAACCGAAACCAACCGGCACCGCCAAACAGCUUCCAUCGCAGGCUCCGCCGAAGCUCACGCUGACGACGACGCCAUUGAAUAAGGGAGCAAAGAUCAACAUGAUCAUUAGUCAGCUCGAAGCCAACGGGCAGCUGAACCUGCUAUCGAAACGGCUGAACCAGUCUAACAAACGGUACACUUGGGUGGUGGAUGAUGUUGUGACUGGCUGAGGCACAGAUCGAAAGAGCGAAAAUAGGGAGCAGUUUUAGAGUGAUU